AUGGCGGAACAGACUGAGAAAGCUUUUCUAAAGCAACCUAAGGUCUUCCUAAGCUCCAAGAAAUCUGGCAAGGGAAAGCGACCUGGGAAGGGUGGAACCAGAUUCUGGAAGAACAUCGGUUUGGGCUUCAAGACUCCUCGUGAAGCCAUUUUAGGAACUUACAUUGACAGUAAAUGUCCCUUCACUGGAACUGUUUCGGUUAAAGGUCGUAUCUUAGCUGGUACUUGCCACAGUGCCAUGAUGCAGAGAACCAUUAUCGUGCGACGGAAUUACCUCCACUUUGUCAAGAAAUAUCAGAGGUAUGAGAAGAGGCAUUCGAACAUCCCAGCUCAUGUCUCACCUUGCUUCCGUGUCAAGGAAGGGGACCAUGUCAUCAUUGGCCAAUGCAGGUUAUGA